ACUCAUACAAAAAUAACAUUAAUGCAACACACUAAUCAGUCUCAUUUACCAUCACUAGAAACUCAAUCAACCAGCUUCAUUUCAUUUGUAAUCAUAUCUUGUAUAAUUUGGAAUAAUGAAAGGCAUACCUUUGCUGCUAUUUGGUUGUUUUGUGGCUCAGUUGAGAAUGAUUCAUGCCGGAAUAUCCUCGAUUAUCGUGUUCGGGGACUCUUCUGUGGAUCCGGGUAACAAUAACUAUAUGCCAACUAUUGCCAAGAGCAAUUUUCAGCCCUAUGGUUGUGAUUUUUAUGGUAAGCUACCCACGGGUCGCUUUUCUAAUGGGCGGAUCGCAACGGAUUUUAUCUCCGAGGCUCUCGGGAUCAGGCCUAUAAUACCUGCCUAUUUGGACCCUCAUUAUGGUGUGGUAGAUUUUGCUAAAGGAGUUAGUUUUGCUUCAGCGGGAACUGGUUAUGAUAAUAUUACGUCCGCAAUAAUGUCUGUCAUACCGCUAUGGAAGCAGCUCGAAUACUUCAAGGAAUACCAGAACAAAAUGAUGAUUCAAUUCGGAGUUGCAGAAGCCACCAAAGUAUUAAGUGAAGCGCUUUACGUUAUAAGUCUAGGAACAAAUGACUUCAUAGAAAACUAUUACGCGCUUCCACUUAGAUCAUUGGUUUAUUCCGUCGAAGAAUAUGAGAAUUUUCUUUUAGUGAAAGCCCGAAACUUCGUCACAGAUUUAUAUAAUCUUGGAGCACGUAAAAUAUCUAUAGCCGGGCUUCCUCCAAUGGGCUGUUUGCCAUUAGAAAGAACCAAACAUUACUUUGUAUGUAUAGAUAGAUACAAUCGUGUGGCGCAGGAGUACAAUGUGAAGUUGCAACAACUAGUGGCACAGUUGAACCAGGAUUUGGGUGGCGUAAAGUUGGUCUACUCAGAUAUUUAUAGCAUUCUCUUUGAUAUCAUCAUGAAUCCACAAUCUUUUGGGUUUGAGGUUGGGGAGAAAGCAUGUUGUGCAACUGGAAGAUAUGAAAUGAGUUACCUGUGCAACAAAUUCAACCCAUUCACAUGUGACAUUGCGAAUAAAUAUGUAUUUUGGGAUUCAUUUCACCCAUCUGAGAAGACAAAUUUCAUAGUUGCACAGCAUGCGAUCAACACCACCUUGGCAGGAUUUCUGUAGAUAUAUAAGUAUUAUAUGUGGUCAGGGUUAUUGUGAUCUUACUCAAAAACUAAAUGAUAUUGUGCUACAUCACUAGAUCUAUGUAAGACUUUUGCUAGCGUCUUGCUAGUUCCUUUUUAAUGUUAUUGUCGUCGUUCUAAAGACAAAA